UUAAGCAUCUCAUCCCCCCCAAUAUCUUUGAUCUUUCCCCCCCACCUUCAAAUCCUAAGCAGCAUAUACUAACAUUUUAUACAGAAGCAACCAAAAUAUAUCACAAGAUAUAAUAUGGCUCUCCCUGAAUUACAGGUAGCAAAAACUCUAAGUGAUGCUUGGGACUACAAGGGUCAGCCGGCUCACCGUGCCACCACCGGUGGCUGGAUUAGUGCCGCCAUGAUUCUAGGAGUGGAGGCAUGUGAAAGGUUAGCGACUUUAGGUAUCGCUGUGAAUUUGGUGACAUAUUUGACCGGGACGAUGCAUUUUGGAAAUGCUAGCUCCGCCAAUGAUGUCACCAAUUUCUUGGGUACCUCUUUCAUGUUAUGUCUUCUUGGAGGUUUUGUCGCUGACACUUUUCUUGGCCGGUACCUCACCAUUGCCAUAUUCGCAGCAGUUCAAGCAACGGGUGUAACACUUUUAACCAUCACAACCGCCAUCCCUAGCCUUAAACCACCAAAAUGCACCCCUGACAGCGGCAACUCAUGUACUAAGGCUACCGAGGUCCAGCUGACGUUUCUCUACCUUGCACUCUACCUGACAGCUCUGGGGACAGGUGGACUGAAAUCAAGUGUUUCGGGUUUUGGGUCAGACCAGUUUGAUGAGUCCGAUAAAGGGGAAAAGACCCAAAUGGUCGCUUUCUUCAGCUGGUUCUUCUUCUUCAUAAGUAUCGGGUCGCUUGGGGCAGUUACUGUUCUUGUUUAUAUCCAGGACAAUCUUGGUCGUCGUUGGGGGUAUGGGAUCGUGGCUUGUGUCAUUGUUACGGGGUUGGUGAUCUUCUUGUUGGGUACAAAAAGGUAUCGGUUCAAGAAGCUUGUGGGUAGUCCUUUAACACAGAUAGCUUCGGUUUUCGUGGUGGCAUGGAAGAAGAGACACAUGGAGCUUCCUUCGGAUCCUUCCUUAUUGUUCAACGUGGAUGAUAUUGUAAUUAACGAAGGAGCUGAUAGCAAGAAAAGCAAGCAGAAGUUGCCACACAGCAAAGAAUAUCGUUUCCUUGACAAGGCAGCAAUUAAAGACGGAGAAAGAUCAUUCGAAUCACUAGCUACGGUCGACAAAUGGAAUCUUUCAACUUUAACUGAUGUCGAGGAAGUAAAAAUGGUGAUCAGAAUGUUACCAACUUGGGCUACCACAAUACUAUUUUGGACAGUUUAUGCGCAAAUGACCACACUCUCUGUGUCACAAGCUACCACAAUGAAUAGACACAUCGGAAACUCUUUUCAGAUCCCUGCCGCUUCCCUUACAGUUUUCUUUGUAGGAAGCAUUCUUUUAACGGUGCCAAUCUAUGACCGGAUCAUUGUUCCAAUUGCCAAACGGUAUCUCAAACACCCACAAGGGCUAAGCCCUCUACAGCGUAUAGGAAUAGGACUAGUCCUAUCCAUCUUGGCCAUGGUUGCAGCUGCUAUAUGCGAGAUCAAACGACUACGAGUUGCUAGGUCUCAUGGCAUAGUAGAUGAUCCCUCUAAGGUGGUCCCAAUAACAGUCUUUAUGUUGGCUCCGCAGUUUGUAUUAGUGGGUGCCGGUGAGGCGUUUACUUACAUAGGACAGCUUGACUUCUUCUUAAGGGAGUGCCCAAAAGGGAUGAAAACAAUGAGCACUGGAUUGUUUCUAAGCACAUUAUCAUUAGGGUUCUUCUUUAGCUCUAUUUUGGUGACAAUAGUUCACAAGAUUACAGGAGACAAGAAGCCAUGGAUAGCUGAUAACUUGAACCAGGGGAGGCUUUACAACUUCUAUUGGUUACUUGCAAUUUUAAGCGUCGUGAACUUUGGGAUAUUUCUGGUUGUGGCAAAAGGUUAUGUCUACAAGGAGCGUAGGCUUGCUGAAGAAGGCAUCGAGUUGGAAGAAGAUGACUUUGUAGGCCAUGCAUAAAUUUGGAGUUAUUUUUUGUUUAGAUUUCCCUUUUGAUGUAAAAUUCUGAUUGCUAUUUCUCCCUCUUUGUUGUUAUGCCAUGUUUGGUCCUAACUUUUUGUGAAAAGAAAUAAGGGACAACAAUGGAAAUGUAAAAAAGGAAGGCCAUUUUUGUUGUUCAUAUGAAAAAAGCAGGCUUAAUUUGACGAAUAAAUGGGUGUUCAAAUC